AUUCCCUUUAUUGUUGUGAAGAGGAGGCAAAUCUUUGACAUCCACUAGUUUCACAAACCCCAACAACAGAGAUGGAACAGAGAAGCAAAGGUUCUGAGCUUCUAUUCUUCACACAGUCGUGUCUUCUUCUUCUUCUUCUCUGUUUUGGUGGAUCUGUUGAGGCUUACAAGAACUACACAGUUGGUGACUCCUUGGGUUGGUAUGACAAUCAAAUGAAGCCAACUGUCAACUACCAGAAAUGGGCUACUGGCAAGAACUUCAGCCUUGGAGAUUUCCUCAUUUUCAACACAGACAGUAACCAUUCGGUUGUUCAAUCAUAUAAUUUCACCACCUACAAACGUUGUGAUUACGACAAUGCUCUAGAAAACGAUACAACCGAGUGGUCGGCUGCAGAUCCCUCCUCCACCACUCCCCAGCCAGGGACGGUGGCGGUUCCUCUCUUGAAAGUAGGGAUGACAUAUUUCUUUUCGGGUGAUUACGACGGCGACCAAUGUCGCAAUGGGCAACACUUCAAGAUAAACGUGACCUACGGGCAAGGAUUGCCCGCGAGUUUAAAAGAUCCACCGGAUGAAGCCCCAGGUCCGGCGAAUGCCGUAGCCGGCGACGACGAAAACGCACCGGAUACCGUAGUUCCUUCAAAUUUCAAUAAUCCUCAUGAGGAGAGUAGUGAUGAUAAAGUGGAAUCAGGGUCUGUUUCUUUGUCAGUGUUUUUGAAGCACUUUGGUUGGCAAUUAAAUGGAUUUUUGAUUUUGGUAGGGUUAAUUUGUAGCUUUUGAUGAGUAUAGGUAUUUACCUUUUAUAUUUAAUUUAUAUUCAUUUGUGUGCUGUUGGAAUGUUGAGUGUGUGUGAUUGUAUAAUAUAUUGAUAUAUUUAUAAUGUUUUAAUUUUUAUUCUUUUGAAAUUUGAGUAA